CAGUGGUAUCACAGACGAUGGCAGCAGGAUGAUACAACUGACAACUUUUUCAAGUGGCUGGAUCGAGGAGCCGGGAAAAACAUCAAUCUUGAUGAAUGCCCGAGAGAACGGCUAAACAAAGAAGCAAGCAUUAUUUCGUCUCUUGCACUGAGUGACUCUCUUACGUUUCUUCUGAACAUGCAGCGAAUAGUGUAG